AUGGCUCUCAUCGUGGCAUCGCUGUUUUUGCCCUACCAACCGCAAUUCGAACUAGACACCUCUCUUCCGGAGAACGCACAGGUGGACUCUUCCCUUGUGAACGUCCGGUCCAAGGCGAAUGACCAGCAGCAACAGCGUGCGCUUUCCAACAACAUCUCGCAGGAAUCCUUGGUUGCGCCUGCACCAGAGCAGGGUGUGCCACCGGCUAUUUCAAGAAGCGCCAGUAGGUCUCCAAGCUCUUUCAACCGCGCCUCGUCUAAGACAAACACGGCCAAUCUGGACGAUCUUGUCUCCUCAGAUGUAUUCAUGGAGAACUUGACUGCGAACGCAACCACCUCGCACACGCCCACGAGCAAGACAAUGCUCAAGCCGCGCAAAAAUGCCUCUAUGGAACAAUUCUUCUCCUCUUCUUCCAACAUUCCCACGGCGGAUCGUAUCGCAUCGCCGAUCCAGCAUGAGCACGAUUCUGGUUCGAGGAUCGCUUCUCCAAUCCAGCAGCAGCAGCAGGACCCCACAGCCAACUUACUGAAGAACGUGAACAAGUCGCUGUUGGUGCACUCGCUGCUAAACAAUACCUCGCAGACUAGUCUCGAAGGACCCAACAACCACAUUGUGACCCCGAAGUCGAGGGCGGGCAAUAGACCUACUUCGGCGGCUACGUCUUUGGUCAACAAGACCAAACAGGCCCCCGCCUCCUCCUCUUCUGGCUCUUCUGCGCCACCUUCUAUCAAGAGAAUCUCGCCACAUCUAGCGGCGGCGGCCGCGGCGGCCGCCGCUAAGCAGCGCCCCGUAUUGGUCAAUCAACCUUCUAACUUGAAGUACUCGGAGCUAGCGGAUAUCUCUUCGAGCGAGACCUCUUCGCAGCACAAUGAGUCAGAUCCGGAUGACCUCACUACUGCCCCGGACGAAGAAUAUAUCUCGGACCUGGAAAUGGAUGACGCGAAGCAAGAAUACAAGGUUCCGAAGUUCGGCGGCUAUUCUAACAGGUCCAAGCUCAAGAAGUACGCGUUGUUGAGGUCGUCGCAAGAGCUGUUUAGCCGCUUACCUUGGUCGAUCGUUCCCUCUAUCAAAGGUAACGGCGCCAUGAAAAACGCCAUCAACACUGCAGUCUUGGAGAAUAUCAUCCCGCACCACCAUGUCAAGUGGGUCGGCUCCGUAGGUAUCCCCACGGAUGACAUCCCAGACGACAUCCUUGGAAAAAUCUCAGGAUCUUUGAAAGACGAGUACAACUCUUACCCCGUCCUCACGGACGAUCUCACUUUCAAAUCCGCGUACAAGAACUACUGUAAACAGAUCUUGUGGCCCACACUGCACUACCAGAUUCCGGACAAUCCGAACUCUAAGGCCUUUGAAGAUCACUCUUGGAAGUUCUACAGAAACUUGAAUCAAGGUUUUGCGGACGCGAUCGUCAAGAUCUAUAAAAAGGGCGACACCAUCUGGAUCCAUGAUUAUCAUCUAAUGUUGGUUCCACAGAUGGUCAGGGAAAUUUUGCCCUUUGCCAAGAUAGGAUUCACCUUGCACGUCUCCUUCCCCAGCAGCGAAGUGUUCAGGUGUUUGGCCCAACGUGAAAAAAUCCUGGAGGGUUUGACCGGCGCUGAUUUUGUCGGAUUUCAAACAAGAGAGUAUGCAAGACACUUCCUGCAGACCUCCAACCGCCUGCUGAUGGCAGACGUGGUGCACGAUGAAGAACUUAAGUUCAACGGCAGAGUCGUCUCUGUGAGAUUUACCCCAGUCGGUAUAGAUGCCUUUGAUUUACAGUCGCAACUGAAGGACGAAAGCGUCGUGCAAUGGCGUCAUUUGAUCCGCGAAAAAUGGCGGGGGAAGAAAUUGAUCGUCUGUCGUGACCAGUUUGACAGAAUCAGAGGUAUUCACAAGAAACUACUGGCGUACGAAAAGUUUUUGUUCGAGAAUCCGGAGUACGUGGAAAAACUGACCUUAAUCCAAAUCUGUAUUGGGAGCAGUAAGGAUGUUGAACUCGAGCGCCAGAUCAUGCUUGUUGUGGACAGAAUCAACUCUCUGUCCACCAACAUUAGCAUUUCUCAGCCCGUCGUGUUCCUGCAUCAGGAUCUGGAUUUCUCCCAGUACCUAGCAUUGAGUUCGGAGGCGGACCUGUUUGUGGUCAGCUCUCUAAGGGAAGGUAUGAAUCUGACAUGCCACGAAUUUGUCGUUUGUUCCGAGGACAAAAACGCUCCCCUACUGCUAUCUGAGUUCACUGGUAGUGCCUCGCUAUUAAACGACGGUGCUAUAAUUAUUAAUCCAUGGGAUACCAAGAACUUUGCACGAUCCAUUCUCGAAGGUCUAGAGAUGUCAUUUGACAAGAGAAGACCUCAGUGGAAGAAACUAAUGAAAGAUAUUAUUAACAACGAUUCCACGAACUGGAUCAAGUCCUCUCUGCAAGAUAUUCAGAUUUCGUGGCAAUUCAACCAAGAAGGUUCCAAGAUUUUCAAAUUGAACACGAAAAGCCUAUCGGAAGACUAUCAGUCUUCCAAGAAACGUAUGUUCGUGUUCAACAUUGCUGAACCUCCCACCUCGAGAAUGAUUUCCAUAUUGAACGACUUGACUUCAAAGGGCAAUAUCGUUUACAUAAUGAACUCAUUCCCAAAGGCGAUUUUGGAAAACCUUUACAGCCGUGUGCAAAACGUUGGACUGAUUGCAGAAAAUGGUGCAUACGUCAGUCUAAAUGGUGUCUGGUAUAAUAUUGUCGACCAAGUUGAUUGGCGUAACGAUGUGGCCAAGAUUCUGAAGGACAAGGUGGAAAGGUUGCCCGGUUCCUACUAUAAGAUCAACGAUUCCAUGAUCAAGUUCCAUACUGAGAACGCGGAGGAUCAAGACCGUGUUGCCAGUGUCAUUGGUGAUGCCAUCACCCACAUUAAUACCGUUUUCGACCACAGAGGUAUUCACGCCUAUGUUUACAAAAACGUCGUCUCCGUACAGCAAGUUGGCCUUUCCUUAUCUGCAGCACAAUUUCUUUUCAGAUUCUACAACUCUGCUUCAGAUCCGCUAGAUACGAGCUCCGGCCAAAUUACAAAUAUUCAAACGCCAUCUCAACAGAACUCCUCUGAUCAAGAGCAACAUCCUCCGCCAGCUUCUCCCACGGUGUCAUUAAACCAUAUCGAUUUCGCAUGUGUCUCCGGUUCAUCCUCUCCCGUAUUAGAACCAUUGUUCAAGUUGGUUAAUGACGAAGCCAGUGAUGGUCAAGUGAAAGUCGGGCACGCCAUUGUUUACGGUGACACCACUUCCACUUAUGCUAGAGAACACGUAAAUGGGUUAAAUGAACUUUUCACGAUCUUUUCCAGAAUCAUUGAAGACUAG